AUAGUAAUAAACCAGGAUAAAUGUUUGAUAUCCCGCGUGUGUAAUUACGAAAUUUAUUUACAGUGAACUUUGCGCUUCGGAUGUAAAACUUUCAAGAUGAAUUUUAGAGCUAUUACUGUGAUACUUUUCCUUCUCGUGACUACUUUUACUUCAAGCUUUGGUCUCUUCACAAAUGUAUCUCUAUCUACAAUUUUCAACGAAAACAAACCUCUUGUGGGGUUUGCGUUGACUACCCUUGGUAAAAUAUUGAAUCCGACCGCGGCUUCGACAACCCAGAGGCCAGCGGGCUUCACGUCAAAGUUGACGAAACUCCUGGCCAGCGUCCUGAAUAUCCCGCCUGAGGUCUACUUUAGCACACACCAGCACAUUCUUCAACAAGGCUACCCAGCGGAGGAGCACUUCGUGGUCUCUCCAGACGGGUACAUUCUGACCGUGAACCGCAUCCCCGGGCCACGUCACUCGCGGGGAAGAAGUCGUUCUGCCGACGUGGUGCUCAUGAUGACGACAACCAUCAGUUCAUCGUCCGACUACAUCGUCAGCUCACCCAAGUACUCACUUGCAUACCUCCUGGCGGACGCAGGCUACGAUGUCUGGCUUGGUAACGUCCGAGGCACAAGAGAAGGACGGAACCACACGCGCCUCAACCCAGACAAGGACAGGCGCUUCUGGAACUUCAGUGUAGACGACGUCGCACGCUACGACUACCCGGCCCUUGCUUCGUACAUCACACGCCAUGCGGGGGUCGAGCGUAUCUUCUUCGUCGGGUUUUCUGCCGCCAACAGAUGCCUCUUCAUGUCGGCGUCGGCGCCCAACAGCUUCAUUGACAAGAUUCGUUUAUCGGUGAGCCUCUCACCAGCGCUAGGCACUGAGCAAUCUUCUCCAUUUAUGAACGUCUUCACUAAGAUCUUUAGCGAGAUCAGGGGAGUCGUAGAGAAGUUCAAUGGCGGGCAAUUUUACCACGGCAACGACUUCAUGAAGUCCCUGAUUUACAUCGCAUGCAGCGACCGCAGCAAACUUCGCCCACUCUGCCUUCGUCUCACAUCCACUCUCAUGGGUGGGGUGCAUUCAGGAUACGAUGGAAAGGAUAAACUUGCUUUCGCCUUGAACAGCCUUAUGUCGGGCACCUCAAACAAAGCUGCGCUACAUCAAGCUCAGAUCAACACGUCUCCUGUUUUACGGAUGUUCGAUUACCGGGCUGGCAACAUGGCCGCUUACGGCUCGGAGAAGCCGCCAGCUUACAACCUCUCGCUGGUCUCCGCUCCUGUAGCCUUGUUCGUGAGUCCCGACGACCGACUCUUGCCCAUCGAAGGCCUGGAAAGUCUCAAGAAAAAUCUCCCGAACGUGGUGGUUACUCACUUAAUUAGGCAGCCUGACUUUGGACGCAUGGAUGUGAUAUAUUCGGACACUGCCAAAGAGCUUGUCUACGAUCACGUCUUGCCACUAAUGAAAUUAUUUUAAAAGAAAGAGAUAAUGGCUUGGAGAAAUUAGUAGACGAUUUAUGCGGACAAUAUUUACGAAAAUUGCGUAACGUCCAGGGUUGGUGA